AAUGCGGACCCUCUCCGCUCCGGACCCCAGACACCUGUUGCUACCGGCGGCGGCGUCUCCGGCUCAAAGCGCUGAGCAGACCGGCCUGACGAAAGAGCCGGAAAUGGUGUUUUCUCGCCCCAGUCGCUGUACCUAUAUGGGCGGGUCCAGUCCGCCUCCAGUAGCGGACCUCCGCAGCCGACAAAAGUAAGAAAACAGAAACAUGGCGCCGCGUCGCCGCUGAAAGGCGAGAGCGGGCAGCAAACAAGUGGAGAACAAACUUUACGGCUGUCAUCCGGAAGGAAGGAAAGAUCAAUUUAAGAAAUAACUGCGUGGCUAUAUCCGUGAGCUCCGAGCCAGGCUUUUAUUAUCUGCGUCAGGGCGGAAUAUAUCCCUCUCUCUCGCUAACGAGAACUGGAAGUUGUCUUCAUGUCAGCGUCUCCCUCAGUGCUGUAAACAGCUGUACAUGCAGCCAUGAUCGAGGACAAAGGUCACCGAGUUACGGACUACUUCGUGGUGGCCGGCCUGACGGAGAAGUCCACCCCGAUUGAGCAGGAUCUGUCGGAGACCAAGUCCAGCGGGCCCAAGGCACCCAUCACCGACCUGGCCGUUAUCAACCGGUCGGCAGGCGAGACGGUACCAGAGGGCUUCACCUGUGUGGAAAUCACUCCAGGUGGACAGCCGGCUAACCUCAACCAUGGGAGUUUGAAAAGCCCAGAGCUGUUUCUGUGCUACAAGAGAGGACGAGAGAAAGCCCCGCUUAUCGACAUUGGCGCGCUCUACGAGGGUAAGGAGAGGCUGAUCCCGGGCUGUGAGGUCAUUCAGGCCACGCCCUACGGCCGCUGCGCCAACGUGAACAACAGCUCCGCCACCUCGCAGCGCAUCUUCCUGACCUUCCGCCGAGCCCCGGCAGUCCGGCCGCAAAACACUCUGGCUGUCACCGACGUGUGCGUCAUCAUCGGCAGCAAAGGCGAGACGCCGCCACACACCUUCUGCAAGGUGGUCAAGAACCUCAACGCCGGCAUGUGGGGUUCCAGCGUGUUCCUCUGCUACAAGAAGUCUGUCUCGUCGUCCAACUCGAUACCUUAUACAGCAGGCCUGAUCUUCAGGUACCCGGCUGAGGAUUAUGAGUCCUUCCCCCUGUCCGAGUCUGUGCCCCUAUUCUGCCUGCCCAUGGGAGCCAGGAUUGAGUGUUGGGAACCCAACACCCGCUAUCCGUUGCCAAUCUUCUCCACGUUUGUCUUAACCGUGUCCUCUGGGGAGAAGAUGUAUGGAGCUGCCAUCCAGUUCUAUGAGAAGUACUCGCUGGAGCUGCUAAACGAGAAGCAGAAAGUCCAGUUGGGCCUGCUCUCCGUGGUGGACAAGCGACCCAUCCCCAACCGCCUGGUCAACACCAACAAGUGCAUCUGCCUGCUGUCCCGGUGGCCCUUCUUUGAGUCCUUCCGCAAGUUCCUCAUGUUCCUCUACAAGCUGUCCGUCUCGGGGCCACACCCGCUGCCCAUUGAGAAGCACAUCUCCCACUUUAUGCACAAUGUGUCCUUUCCGUCUCCCCAGAGGCCCCGGAUUCUGGUCCAGCUCUCCGCUCACGACAGCCUGAUCCUCUCCCAGCCUGUCUGCACGCCUUUACCUCUGAGCGGAGCCGACUUCAGAACCCUGCUGUCCAACCUGGGGGCGGAGCACUGUGCCACGGUGCUGCACUUCGUCCUGAUGGAGAGCAAGAUCCUCCUGCACUCGCUGCGGCCGGACGUGCUGACUGGCGUGGCUGAGGCGGUGGUGGCGAUGAUCUUCCCCUUGCAGUGGCAGUGCCCCUACAUCCCCUUAUGCCCUCUGUCCCUGGCGGGGGUACUCAACGCCCCCUGCCCCUUCAUUGUGGGCGUGGACUCCCGCUACUUCGAUCUGUAUGAGCCCCCUCCCGACGUGGUCUGCGUGGACCUGGACACCAACACCGUCUACCUGUCUGAUGAGAAGAGAAACUGCAACUGGAAGAACCUUCCUAAGAAGCCAAGCAAGAACCUCCUGAACUCCCUCGGCAGUCUGUACCACCAGCUCACCACAGUCCUCAAGACAUCCUCGGAGGAACAGGUGUUGGACAUGGCUCCCAUGGAGGCGGACUUCACCUGGCACAGGAGGAAGACGGGCCUGGAGAUGGAGGUGCAGGAGGCCUUCCUGCGUUUCAUGGCCUCCAUCCUGAAGGGCUACCGCUCCUACCGCAAGCCCAUCACCCAGGCGCCCUCAGAGAAGGCCACCGCCUUGGACUCGCUGUACGACCUGCAAGGGUUCCUGAAGAGCCGAGAUCGAGCCCAACAGAAGUUCUACACCCAGCUGACCAAAACGCAGAUCUUCAUCCGCUUCAUCGAGGAGUGCACGUUCGUCAGUGACAAAGACACUGGCCUGGCCUUCUUUGAUGACUGCAUUGACAAACUCUUCCCCUCCGAUAAAGUGACGGAUAAAGGAGCCAAGAUGGAAGGGGAGACUGUUGAGGACACCAGGCUGAUAGAGAUGGAUGAGUCUCAGAACAGUGACCUCACAGUGUUCGUGAUGCCCCCAGAGCCGCCGACCGAGGAGGGCGAGGUGCCAGUGGUCCGCUACAGCUAUGAAAACUUCCCUCGUCUGCGACUGGAGCUCUUUGACUGCCCCCAGGAGCUGCGGCCAGCCCUGAGCCGCAGGACAGCUGGUGCCAGCGUGUCCAGCAGCCCCGCCUUGCUGUCUAAGAGGACCAAGCAGGAGAUCAAGCUGGCCUACAAGAUGGCGAAGCGCUAUUACUCUCAUCCGCCCCUGUGGGCAAAGUGCCUGUUCAGCCACUGCUACAGCCUGUGGUUCAUCUGCCUGCCGGCGGGGGUGCGGGCCUCCCGCUCCAAGCUGCACGCCAUGCAGCAGGCCUACAAUGUGCUGCUGAAGAUGCAGAGCACGGAGGUGGAGGUCCUGGACGAGGUGUGCUACCGUGUGGUCAUGCAGCUGUGUGGGAUCUGGGGUCUGCCCGUCAUGGCCGUGCGUGUGCUGAUGGCCAUAAAGAAGGCUGGGGUGGAGCCCAAUGCAAUCACCUAUGGAUACUACAACAAGGCCGUCCUGGAGGGGCCCUGGCCCAGCCAGAACAGGAGCGGCCGCUUCAGGUGGGCCAAAGUGCGCAACGUGGUGCGGGCCAUGGCGCAUUUCAGACAGGCCAUCGCCGCCGGACGUGCCAAAGGCUGUGCUGGGGCUAUGGCAGCCAGUUCAGACAUGCACGACGUGGACCACAUCAGCCACGGCAGUGCAGACAGCAGCAGUGACGUCAACGGGGAGGAGCACACGCUGUUUGCACGUAACCUGGUGGUGCCCGAUGGCACAGACAACCACGGCAGCACGGGUGGUCAGUCAGACCAGGGAUACGGGUCAAAGGACGAGCUGCACCAGGAAGUGUUGGAUGUUCUCGGCCUCCCUGCUCCCUCCUGCUCUGAGCUGCCCAGCAAAAUAAAAGCCCCAAACACAGGUAUUGAUGACCCUGCAGGAGAUCCCGUAGAGGGAACGGGGGAUGGUGUAGUGAACGACGCCAGCUCAGUAGGUGUGCCGUCACCAGGGCCAAGUAUCGUCAGAUUGUCCACGGGGAGUUUUGACAGCAGCCUGGCAAGAGGGUCCAGCGGCGUCGAUGGAGGCAAGCUGUUCACCUUCCGAAGCCCGAGCGAGGAAGUGGCUCUGCCUGAUGUGGGCGGGGCCCUCGUGCUGGGGGGUGGGACCAGGGAGGCGAGCUCCCAGCUUCAGCGGCAGCGGGCCUUCUCGGAGCGAAGCUGCAGCUUCAGCGUGGAGAGCCGUGCGGGCAUGCUGCUCAAGAAGGGCAGCCUGGAAAAGAGUGUGGACCAGAUGGUGACGGAAAUGGGCGCCGACGCCAAGAUCCUGGCCGCCGCCCUCUCUGGGAAUAAGACGCCGCCUCCCGAACCCAUGGACCUAUCAGAGAAGGGCUUGAGGCACUCCCACAGUCGGCAGUUGGGUGAGGACAGCGUGUUUCCAGAAGUCAAGGAGCUGGCCGAGUCAACUGGCCUGCUAGUCGAUAUAGCUCAGCAGAACCCUGUGGCCAAGAUGGAUCCAGAGGUGGUGAGGAGGAAGGAAGUGAAAUAUGGGAACCCUUCCAAGAGGAACAGCUCCCACUCGCGAGUGGUGGAGAGGGAGGAUGUGGAGAAGGGCGCUGACCCCCUGUCUAUAAUGGCCACAGCGGAUGAGGAGAGCCUGUCGGUGCGGAGCGAAGAGCCUGUAGCCUCAGUGGCGUCGCGUAGACUGGCAGAUGAGAUUGAGAUGUACAUGAGUCUCAAGAGUCCCCUGGGAACCAAGUCCUCCAGCAUGGAGUUCCACCAGGAGGCGGCCAAGCAGGUUCCAGCAGACACUGCUGCGCAGAACAAAUCUCUAGAGAGGAGGUCCAGUCUUCCAGCUGAUCCUAUCAAGCAGCCCGGGUCGGACAGUGGGACUUCGAAGCGCAGCCCAGCUGUUCCCCGUUCGAAAACCUUCAUGGCAAAGCCCAAGAACCAGACCCAGCGGUCAUCCUCCCUGUCAGCACUGGUCCGCUCCUCCCCGAGUGGAUCGCUGGGCUCCGUCAUCAACUCCAUCUCCGCCAUCAAGAUGGACAGCUUGCUCCCUGCACACAAGUUAGACACAUUCAAGUCAGGCAUGAAGCAGGCCGCCAACGUGGCCAGCAGAGUGUGGGGGGCAGUGUCCUCGGUCUACAACUUCUCUGACGAUGAGGAUGAUCAUCCACAGGGCGAUGGCUGCUUCCCUGCCAGGCUGGAUGAGAACCUGCUAGAGGAGAGUGGGCGGGCAGGUUCGGGCCCAAGGGCACUUAUGCCAGGCCUGACCUCCAGUGAGCUGACUCAGAGCAGGACCAGCCUGAGCAGUACCAGUAGCAGUGAUACUACGAGAGUCUCACACCCAGCCCACAUGACUCCAGGGAAACCAUUGAGGGGUUCGGAGUCUGAGAAGCUAGAGCAGGGCUCUUCUCAUCAUGCCAGCUCCUCUAGUAUCUACCAGAACUGUGCCCUUGAGGUGCUGAUGUCCAGCUGCUCAAAGUGCCGUUCCUGCGAGGCUCUGGUCUAUGAUGAGGAGAUCAUGGCCGGAUGGACAGCAGACGACUCCAACCUAAACACCACCUGUCCCUUCUGCAAGACCACCUUCCUGCCCCUCCUCUAUGUGGAGUUCAGGGACCUCCGAGGCACAUCCAGCUUUCUGCUGAAGCCCAGCACAUCAGGAGACAGCAUCAACAGCAGCAACAAUGUGCCCUCAUCCUCCCUGUCCACGGAGCCCAGCAGAGACCCUACAGACCUCAUCAGCUUCGAUGAAGACCCAGGAGGGAAGCCCCCAGAUGUCCAUGAGAGCAGCUCGGGGUCUGAGGAUAUACGCGUGGAUCUCCCCGAGGGAAAAAGGAGCACCUCCCUAACCCGCAGCAACAGUGUAAGCGGACCCCUGCAGAGCCUGGAGCUGAACCAGCGACCGUCCCAUGGGGUCUCCACCAACAGCUUGCCUAGCAGUUUGCAGGAGGCGUCGGAUGCACUGGGGCAGAAAAGGCCCAACCCGCUCCCUGUAUCGGUGCCCUACCUCAGUCCACUGGUGCUUCGCAAAGAGCUGGAGUCGCUGCUGGAGAAUGAGGGGGACCAGGUCAUCUACACACACAAAUUCCUCAGCCAGCACCCCAUCAUCUUCUGGAACUUGGUGUGGUACUUUCGCCGGCUAGACCUACCCAGCAACCUGCCAGGCCUGAUCAUAACUUCGGAGCACUGCAACAACGGCGUGCAGCUGCCACUGACAUCCCUGUCCCAGGACAGCAAGCAGGUGUAUGUCCAGCUUCUGUGGGACAAUAUCAACCUGCACCAGGAUCCCACCGAGCCACUCUACCAGCUGUGGAGGAUGUUCCUGAGGAUGAAGGGCCAGUUGAGCCCCACGGACUACCAGGAGACCAGGUCCCUGCUGAACAGCAUUGUCAGGAGCAUCCAGGGCAACAGUGUGUCUACACCCAUCGACCUGCUCCUCCAGGAGGUGAAGAAGCACCCGGAGGUCAAGCGGAGGAGGAGUAUAUACAGGGAGAUCUUAUUCCUGGCACUGGUGGCUCUCGGACCAGAGUAUAUCGACAUCGAGGCCUUCGACCGCGAGUACAAGCAGGCCUUCAAUGAGCUCAGCCCAGAGAAGAUGAAGGCCCUCGCCCCAAUAGAUCAGCCUCCCGUCAACAGCGUGCAGUGGUGCCUCAAGUGUUUCGGCUCACUGGUUAUUUGAGUGCGCCCCCUGCUGGACGCCAAUUAGGGCAGGGAUGGCAGCGGGCCAACCCACACUGCAUCACGGUGGCAGACUGGGAAAGAAAAAUGGAAAUUUCCCCCAAAGAUGGUACUUCAUAAAUUGUAUCAGUUGGCUUUGGUUGCCCUGCCUCACUUACCUGCCUUAAGUUAUUACAUCAUCUGUAUUUUUGUAUAAAUAUAUCGAGCCCUCACUCUUCGGCAGUGAUGCUCAGUUUCUAUAUUUCAGAUGCUUAAUGUAUAUUGUUAUGCACAGCAUAAGCUCUGUAUUUCCUCCUAAAAUGGGCUCUUCUCUCUAAUCCUACUUAUGGUUAAACGACGUCUGCUUUUGGACUCGCGAGAACGUCGCAGGUGAGCGGAGCGUCAACUGGCAUCUUCUUUGGGGUAGUUGCCCAUGUUACAUCUGUGUGUAUGAAUUUCCUGAUCGUUUCCCUCUGUGCUCCCCGCCCCCCCAACACACGUUUACCCAUCAAGGUUGCCUCGGGGACCUCACCUUUUGCCCUGUGACCAUCUCUACAGAUGAAAUCUCUUAAGCGGCUGUGGGCCUGGGCCGUGGGUAGCCCUCAUGCUACCGAGGGCCCACAGGCCCUGGUCAUUUGAUGGAGUAGAGCUGGCCAGGCAUGUGGGCUAUUUUUAUACUGCUCUGUAUAUAGCGUUGUGAACAUGGGGGUCCAGGAGAAAAGGGGACCAUUAUACCCGUCUGAUGUUACGAACCUCCAUGGGCUUAAAGGGUUUCUGCUAAGCUUAGCCUGGGAGAGGCACGGUCUAUAGGCUGUGAGUGCGGUCUAACCCAUGUGGGAACUGGAAUGUUGGGAAUACCUCCCUCCUCCUGUAGGCCAUGGCACCCCCACCCUGAACUAUGAUCAGUGUUCAGCUUGGGGUGGGCAUUGCAGUGAAGGGUGGAUCUGGCCCUGUUGUGUAAAUGGUCAUUAAUAGUUUAAGGGAACCCCCCCCCCCCCUUGUGAAUGUCCUCAUAAGCACAGAAGACAGAGGCUGUACUAUUAGGGAAUGCUAACAUCAACUGCCCCCCCCCGGGAAAGAACGGGUUACUUUUCAAUUUCUAGAUGUUUAAAUUUAAAAAUCGGGGAAAACACCUUUGUAAAGAUUGUUCGUAGUAGAUGUAAUUUAUGACUGUGGCUACUGAAAUGCCACGACUAACACAGUUCAAGUGUUUUAAUUUUUGUAUUUUACGCAGUUUCGGUAUAUAUAACAAAAAAAAACCUCCAGGGAUGGGGGUAAGGAACGCAUCUAGCAAAAGCCUGUAGAGCUUAGGACCUAAAAUGACCAGUAAACACCUUAUAGUACCAGCAAAUUAGAAGCAGAAUAAUGAAGGAAUUAACAGGCCCACUAAACAGAUUUCCUGCAAAAGACAUGAGUUCAAACCAAGACAAAUGGUUCAUGGACCUUAAAACAGCCACCAACCCCCACAUUAAGCCAAAUGCAUUAACAAGGUCGUCUACCUUUUUUUUUUUUUUUGGAGCAACUAAUCAACUUAAGAGUAACAGGGACCACAAGCGCACGUACGUGUGUGUGAAUGAGAAGCAAGACUGUCAAGCUUCAGUACAGGAAUCACUGGCGUUACAUCCGGUGUUCUUCAGUGUAAAGUCUGUGCAUUUGGUUUACAGUGACCUGACCUGCUCUGUAGAAGGACCAGCUUCUGUUGGAGUUGAUGGUUGUCAAUGGGUAAGACCUGGACCAAUUUUAAUGCUCACGAUUGCACAUUCCAGCCUGUACGAGACCUGACGUGACUCACGGACGGACGGGCUGCCGGUGACUAAAGAUGAAAGCAGUUCUUACUGUCCUGCUCGAUUGUGGUCAGAUUUGUAUAUUCUAGUGUUUCGCUCCUGCUAUGAAGUGUCGCAAACGUGCAUAACCACCCUCCCCAUAUGUCCAGUGUUCUGUUUGUCCUUCAUUAUGUUUAAAUGUAUACAGCCAUUAGACUAAUAAAUGGGCCUUUGAGCUGAAGCUGUCA